UGUCCUUUCGGUCAUAACUCAAGGCUCAUCACCAUCGGUGAGGAUAGGGAUGUUGAUCGACUGUUAAAUUGAGAGCUUUGCCUUCAAGCUUAGCUCCCUCUUCACCAUGACAGACCGAUACAGGGUUUGCAUCACUGCAGACGAUGCACCGAUCCGCCUGUCGAUCUCACAAUCCACUCUUCUCUCACUCGUGAACAAGUCCCCGAGGUACUUGAACUCCUCCACUUGGGGCAGGAUCUCCUCCCCAACUCGGAGAUGGCACUCCACCCUUUUCCGGGCGAGAACCAUGGACUCGGACUUGGAAGUGCUGAUUUUUAUUCCGGGCGCUUCACACUCAGCUGCGAACCGAUCCAGCGAGAGCUGAAAAUCCUGGCCAGAUGAGGCCAGCAGGACCACAUUAUCCGGAAAAAGAGACCUAAUCCUGUAGCUGCCAAACCGGAUCUCCCUUCAACACACUGACUGCGCCGAGAAAUUCUGUCCAUAAAAGUUAUGAACAGAAUUGGCGACAAAGAGCAGCCCUGGCGGAGUCCUACCCUUACUGCAGACGGAUCCGACUUAAAUAAAUAAAUAAAUGAUAAAUGGGUUUUACUUGUAUAGCGCUUUUCUACCUUCAAGGUACUCAAAGCGCUUUGACACUACUUCCACAUUUACCCAUUCACACACACAUUCACACACUGAUGGAGGGAGCUGCCAUGCAAGGCGCUAACCAGCACCCAUCAGGAGCAAGGGUGAAGUGUCUUGCUCAGGACACAACGGACAUGACGAGGUUGGUACUAGGUGGGGAUUGAACCAGGGACCCUCGGGUUGCGCACGGCCACUCUUCCACUGCGCCACGCCGUCCCGACUUACUGCCUGCAAUGCGGACCAAGCUUUGACACUGAUCAUACAGGGAUCGGUCCAAUACCUCAUACUUUCUGAGCACUCUCCACAGGACUUCCCGAGGGACACGGUCGAAUGCCUUCUCCAAGUCCACAAAACACAUGUUGACUGGUUGGGCAAACUCCUAUGCACCCUCAAGGACCCUGCCAAGAGUAUAGAGCCGGUCCACAGUUCCACGACCAGGAGGAAAACCUAAUUGCGCCUCCUGAAUCCGAGGUUCGAAUAUCCGGUGCAGCGUCCUCUUCAGUACACCUGAAUAGACCUUACCGUGAAGGCUGUGGAGUGUGAUGCCUCGAUAAUUGGAACACACCCUCCGGUUACCCUUCUUAAAGAGAGGAACCCCCUCCCGGUCUGCCAAUCUAGAAGCACCGCCCCCGAUGUCCAAGCAAUACUGCAGUGUCUUGUCAACCAAAGCAGCCCCACGGCAUCCAGAGCAUUAAGGAACUCCGGGCGGAUUCCUGCCACCGAGGAGCUUCUUAACUACCUCAGCCCCAGAAAUAGGAGAGCCCACCGCGGAGUCCCCAGGCACUGCUUCCUCAAUGGAAGACGUGCAGGUGGACUUGAGGAGGUCUUCGAAGCAUUCCUUCCACCGAUCCACAACAUCCCCAGUCAACAUCAGCAGCACACUAUCCCCACCACACACGAUGUUGACAGAUCACUGCUUCCCCCUCCUAAGGCGGCAGAUGGACGGCAUCCCUCACCAUUGGUGUCCAUCAGCGGGUUCUGGGAUUACCGCCUUGGCAGGCACCGACCACAGCUCCGAUCGGCUGCCUUGAAAAUAGAUGCACGUAACAUGGUCCACUCGGACUAAAUAUCCAGCACCUCCCUCGUAACAUGUUCCAAGUUCUCCCGGAGGUGGGAAUUGAACCUCUCUAUGAUGGUAGACUCUGCCACACAUUCCCGGCAGACCCUCACUAUGCGCUUGAGUCUGCCAGGUCUGUCCGGCAUUCUCCCCCAUCAAAAGCGCCACCCCUCUCUCACCCGAGUGUCCAAAACAUGAGACCACAAAUCCGAUGAUACAUCCACAAAGUCGAUCAUCAAACUGCGGAGCCUUUAUGUUUGAACAUUGUGUUUUUUAUGGACAGUCUUUGAUGAGCACAAAAGUCCAAUAACAAAACACCACUAAGGUUCAGAUCAGGGCAACACUUUCUCUCAAUCACGCCUCUUCAGGUCUGACUGUUGUUGCCAAUGUGAGUGUUGAAGUACCCAGUAGAACAAGGGAAUCACCAGAAGGAGCACUCUUCAGUACUCCCUCUCGGGACUCCAAAACAGGGCAGGUACCAUGAACUGCUGUUUGGUGCAUAAACAAGCAAUGGUCAGGACCCGUCCCCCCCACCCGUAGGUGGAGGGACGCUACCCUUUCGUCCACCAGGUUAAAUUCCAACAUGCAGGCUCUGAGCCACGGGGCAACAAGUAUUGCCACCCCCGCCCGCCUCUCACCAGCAGUGAGAGGCGUCCAUCCCCUUUCGAGAGGACUGGUUCCAGAGCCCUUGCUGUGCGUUGAAGUGAGACCAACUAGAUUCAGCCGGAACUUCUCCACUUCGCGCACCAGCUCAGGCUCCUGCCCCCCCAAGCGAGGUGACGUUCCACGUCCCAAGAGAACGCUUCUGUAGCCGAGGAUUGGACCGCUAAGGGCCCUGCCUUCGACUUCCGCCCAGCUCACAAUGCACCCAACUUCUACAGGUGGUGAGCCUAUUGGAGGGGGGACCCACGUUGCCUCUUCAGUCUGUGCCUGGCUGGGCCCCAUGGGGGCAGGCCCGGCCACCAGGCGCUCGACAUCAAGCCCCACCUUCAGGCCUGGCUCUAGAGGGGGGCCUUGAUUCUGAUUCUGACCUGCGUUUAGGCAAGGGAAACCUAAAAGUCUUUGAAUACAUUAUUAAUGAGAUAUAAUAUUAAAUAUUCCACAAAUCUUACACGUCACCUAAAACAUAAAGCUAAUAUUUAGCUAAUAUAGCAUGUACUAUCAUUCUUUGUUUACUGUGUAAUCAUCAAACAAACUCAAUGCAUUGGUACUUCUGCACAAUCUAGUAAAAAUUAGUACAAGAAAAAAUACAAAAAUAUUGUCUUUACAAAAUAAUAAUGCACAGUUUUGAUAGGCAACAUUGAAAGGUAAAAUUACAAAAAUAAACAAAUGUUUACAUUAAUCACAAUGUGACAGUGGAAGUCAAAACUAACUAACCCAAUUAUUUUUUAAAUCAUCUGCAAGAUUACUGGAAAUUUACUGAAAAACAACUGAAAAAACAUGUAUUAAUAUCAAAACAAACCUUUGCGUGAAUGUGUAGGACAUGUGCUCCCAACAUGCUGGUUAUAUAUUGUAACUCUUAUAAGGCUCUUAUUGGUUUAUUUAGGAGUGCCUAUUAAAGUUUAUACCAUUGCUGUCAACCGACUAAAAUGUGUAGAUUAAUCCCAUGCGUGAUGUAGUCAAAUAGAUUAAUCAUGUUUAAUAUCCAAUUAAUCUUGUUUUGUUUAAUUUUUUUUAAUUAUUAUUGUGUUUCUCAAUGAGGUUUUGUACAAUGCAUCUUAAAAUUGUGUAAUUCCGAGUUACUGUGUGCUACUCAUCACGAUUACUCAUACAAAUUAAUUACUCUUGAUUAAGUAGUUUAUAUAUCACAGUGGUCCCAUAUUUAAUGCAAUAUAGUGUCAUGUUUAUUCCUUUUAGCACCUCUACCUGCUUUUCCAUUAACUCCUUCAAAUUUGUUUUUAGACAUCUGGGCACAAAAAUGAAGAAGUCAGAUUCUUCUGUCUUCUCCCUGGAGGCUGACGACAGGACGGAGGCGGACAAACAUCGCCACAAAUCCCCAAAUCAAGAUGCUCUAGUGUCGGUUUUAAGUGUGGGCCACGAGGCGCCCUUAGCCCCCAUGGACACUGACUACCAGGAGGAAAUGGAGAAGACCAAACCUCAAAUACGCUUCAACCUCAACUUUGGCAAAGGAAUCCAAGGUGAGGAUCCAAACAAGAGAGAAGACAGUCAGUGCUUUAACAUCAACGGGUUGUUUGACGCAGUGGCCAGCAGGGACGCUACAAGGUUGGACGGCCUGCAUCAGUACUUGCAUCAAAACAUGAAGAAACUUUCAGACACUUUGUAUCAGUCGUACGGUAAAACUGCCCUGAUGAAGGCUCUGCUGCACCUCCAAGACGACGAGAACCCGAUGGUUGAAUUAUUGUUGGACAUCUCGGAGAGGAUAGGGGACAUUAAAGAGUUUGUGAAUGCAGCUUACACCGAUACGUACUACAAAGGGCAGACAGCGUUGCACAUCGCCAUCGAGAGGAGGAGUCUGAAAUAUGUCAAACUUCUGCUCAGUAAAGGAGCAGACGUUCAUGCAAGAGCCUGUGGAAAGUUCUUCCAGCCUCAUGACGGCCCAAACUUCUACUUUGGUGAGCUGCCUUUGUCUCUGGCUGCGUGCACAAACCAGCCUGACAUGGUGGCCUUCCUCCUGGACAAUGACUACCAGCAGGCCAAUGCAAAUAUCGCCGACUCUCAGGGCAACACGGUGCUGCACGCCUUGGUGGUGGUAGCCGACAACACCAAGGAUAACACAGACUUCAUCACCAGUAUGUAUGACUUCAUCCUGACCACCACCGCCCGACUCAAACCCAAAGUCAACCUGGAGGAGACCGAAAACAACAACAGGCUGACGCCUUUUAAACUGGCUGCCAAGACCGGAAAAAGUGGGAUUUUUGCACACAUCCUGAAGCGAGAGUUCCACGAGAGUCACACCAAACACUUGUCUCGCAAAUUCACUGAGUGGGUUUACGGGCCGGUCCACUGCUCCUUGUACGACUUGGCCUCUGUGGACUCCGUGGACGACAAGUCGGUCCUGGAGAUACUGGUCUACGGCAGCGACAUCCCUAACCGCCAUGCGAUGCUUCAGACAGAACCUCUGAGGCAGCUGCUGAACGACAAAUGGAAAAGGUUUGCAAGUCGACUCUUUGGUGUCAACUUCUUGGUCUACUUGGUGUACCUAAUUAUCUUCACUAUGGUGGCCUACAACAAAAAGAAUGGAAAGACACCAUUCCCUGUGGAACACAACACUGUAGGUUAUUUGUAUGUUGCAGGGCAGAUACUGUUAACUUUCGCAAACUGCUAUUUCUUCUUCAUUGGGUUAUUAGAUAUGAAGAGGAAACAACCGAAGCUGCAGACCCUGCUGAUUGAUGGAUAUUAUGAUAUUCUUUUCUUUUUGCAGGCCGUGCUCUUCCUGGUAGCGGCUGCCCUUUACGUUUUAGGUUGGGAAGCAUACCUUGGCUUCCUGGUGUUUAGUUUGGCUCUCAGCUGGGUCAACAUGCUGUACUUCGCCAGGGGCAGCAGACACAUGGGCAUCUACAGCGUCAUGAUACAGAAGAUGAUCCUCAGCGAUAUCCUGCGCUUCCUCUUUGUCUAUGUCGUCUUCCUGUUUGGAUUUUCAGCAGCGGUGGUCACGUUGCUCAUCGAGCCCCCAGCGGAAAACAACACCAAAAAGCAACAGCGCCUCUACGGACCCACCUACCCCGAGGCCGAAUGCGUCAAACCCACUUUCUAUAACAUCUCCUACACCACGCUGCAGCUCUUCAAGUUCACCAUCGGCAUGGGUGACAUGGAGUUCACCGAUGACUACAAGUACAAGGAGAUCUUCUACGUGUUACUCAUCUCCUACAUCAUCCUCACCUACAUCCUGCUCUUCAACAUGCUCAUCGCCCUCAUGAACCGCACCGUGGAGAAGAUCACCGCGGAGAGCGCCAGCAUCUGGAAGCUACAGAGAGCCAUCACCAUUCUGGAUAUGGAGAAAAGGUUGCCAUUCUGUCUGAGGAAGAGGCUUCGCUGCGGGGUGGAUAAAAACCUGGGCACCACCUCCGAGCAAGACCGCCGACGCUGUUUCAGAGUGGAGGAAGUCAACUGGAACAAAUGGAACAUCAACCUGAGAAACAUCAGCGAGGAGCCAGGUUACUGCGAUCAAACCCGUCAGAUGGCCUCAGACAACCAGCCUGUCAGAACAAACCGAGGGAGGAGCUGGAUAAAUUUAUUUUCAGAGAGCAGGAGAGGAGCUUAUGAGUCCACUGAGAUGAGGGACAUCACCCACACAUGAAGUAGCCAUCUUAUAUUGCAACAUUAAUUCUUGGACGGGUUAUGUUUUGUUAAAGUCUUCUUUUAGUGGUGCUAUAAUAACAUACAACGUGGUCAGUUGUGAUCAUGAUUUUCAUUACAACAAAUUGUACGAGUUGAGAAUAGAAAAAUAACAGAUUUGCUGUGAAGUGGAAAAGGGUAGGUAGGAUUAAAUAAAUUCUGCAUCUCCUAAUGUAUCAUAUUGUAACUGUAUGCAAGUUUGAAAUAAAUCUAAACCAUAA